UACGUCUACCUUUCUCGGCGGGGCCGAGGGAGUCCUGGCCUCCCCUCGCGCGGAGGUGCCUGCGCCGCUGCGACAGGCGGGACGGCGCGGGGCUGGCCGAGCCGGGGGAGCGCCUGCUCGUGUGGCCUGAGGGGCGGGCCGGGCGGAAACCCGCGCGGGGGUGGGGUCCGGGCUGCCCCGGCGCGGAGGCGGGGCGGCGGGCAAGAGCCAGGCUUCACGGAGGAGGCGAAGUUUAGGCACGGUCUGGGGAUGCACCGAACCUGUGCUUUUUCUCAGAUGAGAGAGAGUACCUUUCACUCAUUAGGGGUAGGUUCAGUGAAAGGAUGAAGUCGCGAAGGCUGUGCAGCGAGGGGACGUUGGUGCACAUCCCGGCGCUGAACAAUCCCAGGGCCCAUUCAUUCGCUCGGUGGGCGCCCAGUACACACUGCCUUGGUGAUGAUUAAGAUUUACUGGGUUUUGUUUGUGGUUUGCGAACACUAUGCGAAGCACUUUAUACAUUUUUCUCACUUAACUCAAAAUAGUCACUUAAGGUAAGUGGUGAUGUUCUCAUUUUAUGGUCUGUGGAGAAACACGUCAUUUACUCGAGACCCUUCGUUAGGAGGUGGUGUAUCUGAGAUUGGAACUCAGUCUGGUGGAGCCCAGGACCUAUGCUUCUAACAGGAGUGUUACGUGCCUCCCACAUGAGGCUGAAAGGGGAGGCAGAGUGCAUUUGUGCACUUGUGCACUUGUGCACAGCACACAAAGGGCGUGAGCACCAGGGACCUGUCAAAGGCAAGCCCUGGCUGAGGACCGAGAGGCUGCCUCUGGCCUGGGUGGCCUGAGGAGGAGAUUCUGGGAUGGCCCAAGAGAAAUGAAUUGGGCAUUAAUAAGCUUGGGUUCAGCUGUCAGUUAGAGCCCAACAGAGGCUUAAGUGACGAAGGUGGGGCAGGCAGGGUUUGUUCUGGGUUGUGUCUCUGAGGUUCCCUGGGUUUUACCCUCAUGGUCACACUAGACAGAAGUGUUUCUCCUUGUUUCUUUUUUAUCAUCAGGGAGGAAAAGCCUUUUCUAGAAGCCUUUUUGAAAACUUCCCUUAACAUCUUGUUGACCAGAAGAUGGGCCUAGGGCCAAAGUAGCUGGGGCCAAGGAAAGUGGGCACAUUUCUACCUGAAUUAAGGGGUCUGUUUGCAUGGAGCAGGCUGUGGGGGCAGAGGCUGACUGUGUGUCAGAGGCCAGUUGGAAAGGUUUUCAUGGGAGUGACACCCCGUGUCACCUGUCACCCUAAAUUAUCACCAGAUCUGUGGUUCUAAAUGUCAUAUGUAUGCUGACAGUUACCAGUGUAUACCCAGCCAGCUUCAGCCUCUCUCCUGAAAUUUGGACUUGUGGAUCGAAAUGCCCUCAUUCUCCACUUGUAGGUCUGAUAGGCAUCUUGAACAUAACAUGUACAAGACAACUUUUAAUUUUUAUCCUUCAGAUAUACUUCUACGGUCUUCCUGGGUAAUUGGAGAUUUCCUCAUCUCAGGUGUUUGGGCCAAACAUCUUGGUGUUUCAUCCCACAUCUAAUUUGUCAGCAAAUCCUGUUGACUGUACCUUUGAAAGGUAUCUGCAAUCUGACUGCUUAUCACCUGCUACCACCAUCUGGUCCAAGACACUAUCGUCUCUAGCUGUGUUAUUGCUGGGACCUUCCGGUUGGUUUUCCUGCUUCUACCCUUACACCCUCCUCCCUGCCCCCUAGUCCAUUUUCAAAGCAGCAGCCGGAGCAGCCACAUGUCAAGUCAUAUCACUCUGCCCAGACCUUCCAGAUGCUCCUAAUCUCAUUCAGAAUAAAAGCCUAAGUCCUGUAGCCCAAAAGUUACCCCACCCCACUCUGUCUUGCCCUCCCCUACUCUGCUUCAGCCCCUCUGGUCUCCUUGCCCUUCCUUGAACACGUCAAGUAUGCUUGCACCUUGCAACCUUUGCACUUGCGCCUCCCCCUGCCCAGGAUGUAUCUCCCCUGAUACCUACUUAGUGCCCGCCCUCACUCCAUCCAUAUCUGUUUUGAUGUUACUUUAUCAGAGGUGCCUUCCCUGGCUGCCUUUCGUAAAAUAUCUCCUCCCAACAGUUGCUGCCCUCAUGCUGCGUGUUGUUUCUCUUCCUUAUCCCCUGACACAAGCAUCAUGUCUGUCAACUUCCCUACGGCUUGUGCACUGCUGUAGAGUAGGAGCUUGUUCUUCUUGUCCUCAGCUGUUUGCCCGCUGCCCAGGAUUCUCCUGGGUGGGCCUGAGAUGCAGACCGUCGUCUCCCCUUGUCAGGUGCACCGCCGGGGACCUGGCUUUCCCGUGUGGCCUUGUUAUGCUGUCGUACUACGGGCUGCUGGGGAGGCUUCCUGGGGGGGCAAGGGAAUAUAUAGUCUCAGGCCACUGGGUGCUGAGACCAUUGUUCCUUCCUGGGGAUUUCAAGUAGCCUACAACUGGGUCUCUGCUGCCACAGACCUCUUGAGGUACAGGCGCGGAAGUCUCAAGUUGCUGUGGGGAGCAGAAGGCGGGUCAGGCUCCAUCACACUCUUCCCUUUUGCUACAGCUCUGCCUGCCUCCUCGGGACAAGCUUGGAGACCCAGUGAUGGCCCACAGGCAGCUUUUUCCUGGGCCCCAGGUGAGUGGUCUUCGUGGAGACGCCUCAGUGUGGCCUCAGCCCUUUCCUGGCUGGAGUCUCCACGGUUCCCUCUGAGGCACUGGUCUCAGGGUAGUUGGCUCCCUGUCUUCAUUGAUGUCCUCAACCCUUGGGUUCAAGUCCCUGAAAUGCACUCUGGACUGUAUCAUCUCACCCCUGGACUGGACACAGAGGAGGGCAAGGAAUGGGCAGGUCUUAGUUUCCUUCGAGGAAGUGGCCGUGCUCCUUUCCCAAGAGGAGUGGGGCCAUCUGGGCCCUGCUCAGAAGAGGCUCUACAGGGAUGUGAUGCUGGAAACCUAUGGGAACCUGGUCUCGCUGGGACUUCAAGGUUCCAAACCUGAUGUCAUCUCCAAGCUGGAGCAGGGGGAAGAGCCAUGGACCCCACACUCACCAAGAAUUGAGGGGAGCUGGAUUCGGAGACGCAGGCGUGCAGGUUAUGUCUCUAGGAAGGAAAAAAAAGAAUUGACUCCAAAGCAGGAAAUUUCUGAAGAAAUGGAAUCCCAGAGAACAAAAUUAGAAGAGCUUGUAAGGAAUAUUUCCAAGGAAUCUGAUUUUGAAGAGAUGACUAAAACUGAGGGAAAGCUAAAUAAUUGCUGGGGGAAAUAUGCAGUGGAGGGACUUAAGAAGGAUUUCCCCCAGAAGAGUAAUUUCAGGCCAGUGACAGUGACACAUGUGAAAACCCCCUUGGGGGAAAGAGGUCCGAAAUUCAGUGCAGCUGAGGUAAACUGCGCUGCAGAUGCAAGUUCUGUCAGAAACUGCAGACUGUCUUCAGGGAAAAGUCUCCACCAGUGUGUGUCAUGUGUAGAAAACUUCCAAACGAGUAAGGACCUCACUAACCUCCAAAGUUUCUGUGUAGGAGAACAAGCCUGUCAGGCAGAUGUGUUUGUGAAAGUGCCUGGGCAGAGUUCAGUUUUCAGUGAGAACCAGAGGAUUAACAGUCCAGAAAAAGCCUUUGAAAAGUGUGCUGUGUGUGGAAUAGCUUUUGGUCAGAGCAGAGCUCUCAUUCAGCACCCGGGAAUUCACAGUGGAGAGAAGCCCUGCGGGUGUGAGGAAGGUGGCAGAGCUUCCCAUGCCCGUCCCUAUGCCAUGCAGCACUGUAACACUUACACUGGAGAAAGACCCUGUGAGGCUAACGAAUGUGAGAAAGCUCUUAGCACAUGUCCGUCUUACAUUCAGCAUUGUCAAGUUCACACUGAGGUGAAGCCCCAUGAGUGCAGUCAGUGUGGAAAAGCCUUUAGUCAUAUCUCUAAACUGAUCCAUCAUCAGAGAGUGCAUAGUGCAGAGAAGCCAUACAUGUGUGUGGAGUGUGGGAAAGCCUUCCGGAGACAGUCACACCUCACUCAGCAUAAGAGAACCCAUUCUGGAGAGAAACCCCAUGACUGUGCUGAGUGCGGCAAAGCCUUCAGCGCACGAUUGUCUCUCAUUCAACAUCAGAAAACUCACACAGGAGAAAAGCCCUAUGAGUGUAACGAAUGUGGAAAAUUCUUUAGCCUGAACCGAACCCUUAUUGUUCAUCAGAGAAUCCACACUGGAGAGAAACCCUAUAGGUGUAAUGAAUGUGGAAAAUCCUUCAGUCAGCACUCACAAGUUAUUCAACAUAAGAGGGUUCACACUGGAGAGAAGCCUUAUAUUUGCAAUGAGUGUGGGAAAUCCUUCAGUGCUCGCCUGUCCCUCAUCCAGCAUCAGAGAAUUCACACUGGAGAGAAACCUUAUGGGUGUAAUGAGUGUGGGAAAACCUUCAGUCAAAAGGGACACCUUACUCAGCAUCAGCGAAUUCACACUGGAGAGAAGCCCUAUGAGUGUAAUGAGUGUGGAAAAGCUUUCAGCCAGAGUUUUAAUCUCAUUCACCAUCAAAGGACACACAAUGGCGAGAGGCCCUAUGAAUGUAACGAGUGUGACAAAGCCUUCAGUGUUCUCUCCUCCCUUGUCCAGCAUCAGAGAGUGCACAACGGAGAGAAGCCCUACGAGUGCCACAGCUGUGGGAAGGCCUUUAGUCAGGGCUCACACCUAAUCCAGCACCAGAGGAGUCACACUGGAGAGAAGCCCUAUGAGUGUAGCAAGUGUGGGAAAACCUUUGGACAGAUAUCCACCCUAAUUAAGCAUGAGAGGACACACAAUGGGGAGAAGCCCUAUGAGUGCGGCGACUGUGGGAAAGCUUUCAGCCAGAGCGCACACCUCAUCCGCCAUCGAAGAAUUCACACUGGGGAGAGCCCUUACACGUGUAGUGACUGUGGGAAGGCCUUCAACGUCCGCUCCUCCCUCAUUCAGCAUCUCAGGGUUCACACCGGCGAGAAGCCUUAUGAGUGCAGUGAGUGUGGCAAGGCCUUCAGCCAGCAUUCACAGUUUAUUCAGCAUCAGAGGGUUCACACUGGAGAGAAACCCUACACAUGCAGUGAAUGUGAGAAAUCAUUCAGUGCACGCUUGUCCCUUAUCCAACACCAGAGAAUUCACACUGGAGAGAAGCCCUAUAAAUGCACUGAAUGUCAAAAAUCCUUCCGACAAAGCUCUCACCUCAUUCGACAUCAGAGAAUCCACAGUGGAGAGCGACCUUACAUGUGUAGUAGAUGUGGGAAAACUUACAACCAGAGAAUAUCUCUUAUUAGUCAUGAGAAAGUUCACAGACUCCACGGUGGAGAGCAAACCUGUCGGCGUGACGAGUGUGGGGAGCUCUUUGGCGCACAGGCAGCAUUCAUGCAGCACCGGAAGGUUCAUAGUGGAGAGUGACUCACUCUGUCUGAUACAUUCUUCACAGUUUUACAGCAGGAGAGUUCUACUGAUAAGAAACCUCACUUUAUGACUUUCCUUUUGGAAAUUCAGCUCUUAAGGAAUUAAACUAUCUCCCAAUGUGCUGCUCACUGAAGGCAGGCUGCUGAAUUACGUGGUAAAUGUUCCAAGGUAACAUGCCUUCCCUCAGACCCAGAGGAUGGCUCUCUGCUUGAGUGUUUUAAGUGAAUGCAACUUAAAUAUACUUUCCUAGAUCAUGUUUUUAUAGCACCAGACCUUAGUGUACAGUUAGGUGUUUCAUUUGGCCCCUGUCUUUCUUUUCUUUCCUCUUCAUCAUCUAUUUCAGCUUCAGGAAAAGUAACUGAGAUCCUUGAACUUUCGAGUGUGAUUGGGUUGGGGUUUUCUUAUUUGUUUGUUUGUAGGGCCUUUUCAAAAUGUUUUUGUUCUAUUUUGAGGGAUAUGAUACCUUUAACUUCAAAGGGGUUGUCCCUUUUCAGCAUCCGGUAAUCCACAGAGGUGAGAAGGCAUAUGAGUAUAAGUAGAGUUUGUUAAGGAAUGAGGUGAGGCUUGUGUGUAGAUUCAAACUGUUGAGAUGGUGCUAGGAAGUCAGGUGACUCAUGUAAACUGGGGUUUCCUACAGGGUAAUUUGAAAACAAAAAAAACCAUGAAUUGGAGGGGUGGAAUAGGCAUAAAGUAGACACAGGCUCGCGUGGGACCUGGGACACAGCUUACAGAUUCUGUUGGUAUAUUCUAGAUCCACUUCUGAGGGAGAGAAGGUGAGUGGUUGGAGCUGUUCCCUUUCACUGGGCGGCCUCGCACCGAGCAGACUCUGGUGAGGAGGGCAGGUCCUCCUGCUGCCAGAGGACAGGAUUCCAGGUGAGGCAGGGACACGGCAUUAAGCACCUUUUCAUGGGUAGGUUAUCGUGCAGGCUGUUUGUCAGCCUUGGACCCCUGUCUGCAUGCUGUAAACAUGCUUUUGUCCCUCCUGGGAGCUGUAUUAGUCAGUGGUGUCUCAGUGCCCAUGGUCCUCCCACCUGAUGCUUGAGGUGAUGCUAAACAUCCUGGGAGCUGAUUUCCUGAGCACAGUCUUCAGAGUGGCUGCCCCUGGUUCAUCACGUGUGGUUCGCUGCAGUGUCCUCAGAACCCCAUUCUCCAGAAGUUUCUAUGGCACUUCCUUCUGUUUUUGUGGAGGAAAGAGUAGCAUCAAAAUGGGCUGAAAAAGGGUUAUAAAUAUGAGAGAUUCAGCAGAAGGAGUCUGUGAGAGACAGUUCUAGAAACAAAUCUGGCAAUUGAAAGUGGCUGUUGAGAGUCUGAUGAGAAGUUGGUACCAUGUGUGAACCCUUGAGAAGGGGCUAACAGGAUCUGGCACGGGCUGCAGUGGGACGGCGCUUUAUGAAUAAGGCAGGGUAAGAAUGGAGUGAAAGAGGAGCAGUGAAUUGCUUAAUAGCUGGACAUUCUAUUCUUUUAUAGUAUCCUUUUCAAUAACAAGUUUAUUCCUAUUUUCCUGCUUUAUUAAAGAAACUUUCUCUUAGAAGUUAACUGACCUUUUUUCCUUAUGUUGACUUGACCUAUGGCUCAGGCCUUAUUUUCCAGGCUCUUGUCUAUAUAGCAGUAGUAUUGGUCUUUACUUGUUUUAGAAUUUUGAGGAGCUGAUUGAAAAAUCUGCCUCUUAAUGAUACUUCUCCUAAGCACACUUCACCACAAAUAGCUUUGACAUUUUUUAAAACUGGAAUUAAUACACUGUGAUAAUAAUGGUUAUCAUGUGCUAGACAAAAAUUCUGACUGAGUCAACAAACCUUUACCUUUUUACCUUAGUGUGUGCGAGGCACUGUGAUGAAUGCUUCUCCUGGGUUUUCUCAUUUAAUCUUCACAUCACCUCAGUGAAGUAGGUACUUUUAUUAGCCCUGUUUCACAAUGAGACUGAGGCACAGAGAGGCUGCUCGGGGGCGGCUCUGGUACCACAUGGCUCUGCCGCCCACAGUCGUGGAUCCCCCUCUGGGCACCUGCCCCAGGCCCACACCCGCUGCACCCCCAGCACCCCAGGCAGGGAGCUUGCAGUCCUGAGGCUGACCCAUCUGACUAAUUCUGGCCCAUUGAAGUUGUAUGUUUCACUUAAUGUGGUUUGGUGGAUAGGUCUUGUAGAUGUGUUAUCAAUGAAGGAAAAUGGGAAGAUGGUCCAAAGUUGGGAGCCUCUGGCUUGUGACUUUACUAAUCAUUGCCCGAUUGCCAUGUUCCAAAAAGAGAGGGCAUGUCUGUCUUUUCCUGAGGUGACUGGACACCUUCAUCUCCUGAGCUGUGUCCGAAGCUCCUCCCAUGGCUCUCCUGGCUUCAGUCUGAGAUGGGGCCUUGGAGCUUUUUAUCCAGUUACACCUUCUGCUGUAGAGAAAGGACUUCUGGAAGGAAGGAAAAGAAGUUCCCUGUUCUUGCUCCAAGGAUCUCCUUGGCGUCCUUGCAAGAGACACAAGGACUCGGAGGCUGUGGCAGUGUCUUCCUUGCAGCCAUACAAUUAGAAUGCCAAAUCGGGAGGAAAUAUUUGGGGUUUUUUUCUUUAUACAUUCAUCUUUACAUAUGGUGGACAGUUUACUUAAUUGAGAACCUCAGCUUUUAUUCUAAUUCUCUGUUUUAGGUUGUGUGGCUAACACGUCUUUAUGAGUAAUUCCUGCAGUGAGUUUGGAUUAUGUCUUAGUUUUCAGUUAAAUGUUUUACCCAAAAUGUACUGAAUUUUAUUUACAUAGCUAAUGUUGUCCAUUUCAGUCAUAAAUAUCCCUGUUAGCCAGUCUUACCUAGCUGGGCGAUGGCAUUAGUAUUGAUUGGAGCCAGACUGUCUCCUGACGGUUCGAAGCCUCUCUGUGCUGCAUGGUGAGGAGCACAGGGCGCCCAUCCACCUGGUGCCGCCUGGCGUCUUAAACCCAGCCAAUUACCUGCGGUUGAGAAGGGCAUUUCGGUUUCCCCAGUUGAUGCGAAGAAGCUGUUUCUAAAGGAGUUUUGUGACAGUGCCAGCAGAUGUACAACCUUCCAAAAUCCCCCCUGUGGCCCGGGCUUUCAUCACCUGAAAGGUACUAGAAACAGGGAGAUGGACAGUGGCCAGGACAGUUUUGACAUUCAGGAGGUUGAGCUCUGGUCAGCAGACAUCGUACCGUCUGUCUAGCACUCAUCCCGAAGAUGCCCCUAUUCCUGCUGCUCUAUUUGGUCGGGCUCAAUACCCUCACACGGGGAAGAAUAAGGAUAUUUUCAGGUCCCCCUGGAGCCGCUGUUCUGGUGAGGUGACAGGUGUUCUCUCUCACCUACCUGCUGCACAGCAGGCAGGUGAAGUCUCCUGCCUUAGAUCUCCAUGUAUUGGUAGUUCUUGCCACAGGCUGUGUGGGAUUAUGACUGGAAGGAACUCAGGGCAGUUAAUACUUGGAGGAAGACAUUGUUUACUACUCAUUGAACUAGUAGAGUUGGUUGCAGUUUGGAUGAUCUGCUCCCCAUGAAACACUUUUGUAGCCUAACCGGACUUGGGGGCCGGACAUUGGCAGUAGGUGGGGUUGGUGUGGGGGUGUUGAGAAGGGCCCCUACCUUCAAGCUUGUGCGGCAGGAGCUGCCCAAGGACUCAGCCUUCCUGGCAGACAGCCGUCACUAUGAGGGUGUGGGUCAUGGGGCCCAGCCAGGACCUACUCCCUGUGUGGGUGUCAGGAGUGUCAUAUUUGUAAAUCCAGAGUUGUUUUGUUAGUUCUGGUGUCUGCCUAUUGCCAGAACAUGGGAUUAUUAGGUAAAAUUCCCAGAGACUUUGGGUGGCCUUUGCUGUCAGGAGAAAGGACGCCCCAGACAGUGGGGGCAGGUGCUGAGGGGUCACAGGAGCCCUUCACUGUUCUUGUGUCUGCCUGUCUUAUGGUAUUUCCACUGAUGCCUUGGUGUGGUGGACUCCUGAGGAUGACCCAUGUCCUUGACCUCCACCACUAGCUCUUGAACCACAACUGAAGAUGUGAAUCAUAAGGGAACCAAGAUCUGCUCUUUCUGCUGUAAAUGACGGUCUGCCCAUAAGUGCCUGUUAAUGUGUUGUGUGUUCCCCUGCCAAUCCUACGGGUUUAUCAUGUGUAGUUGACAUUUCUUCUUUCCCCACUAAUUUAGGUUUUACUUGAGUUUCAUGCGUUUAUUCACAAGCGUUGAAAGGUAGCGGGUGGAUUCCAUUAUUGCUUAUGUUCAUGCAAGAGUGGGUAGCAAGUGACUCAAGCUGCUGCCUUGAGUCUGAGGACCUGAGUUUCCAGGCAGCGGGACUGCACUGGGAUGUUUUCACUUUAACACUGCAUACGUGCAGCAUCUUCUGUGUAUCUGAAGAUGGGACCAGAAGAAAACUGCAGGAUGGAAGUUUGAGGGGUUAGUUGUGGGCACUAGGGCUCCUAGUUGUAAGUAACAGACACCUACUUAAGAUAACCUGAGCAAAGAAGGGAGCACCAUCUGUCAGGAUCCAGGGGGGUCUUACGGGGCCCCAGGUGAGGAAACAGCUGCAGUCAGGAACUGGAAAGGUUUCUGGAUUUCCCACCCCUGGAUUGUAUCCUGGUUUCCCUGCAGACCUGCCUUCUCAGUUUAAUAGUGCACUGGGCUGAAAAACUGGCUGCCACCACAGUUACUGGGUUCACAUCUGCUUCUUCCAAGAGACCUGCCAGAAUAAGGCUGGGAACUUAGUAUUUUAAUUCAUAUUCUAAGGAGAGGAUGCUGUCCAGUCUCUGGUCUGGUGUCCAUUCACGUACCCAUAAACCUGUGGGACUCCAAUGAAUGUGGCCAUGGGUGCAGAGUUUGGGGAAUGGACUCUGGCCCACCUGGGUUGGAUGUCAACACCUGACCAGUUGGCUGUGUCCAGAGGGGCAGGAUGGCUGCUGGGGCUACUGUAUUUGUUGAGUGGACAAGAGCAGAUCCUUGAAUAGGGCGUGGGGGCAUUAGAAGGCCAUGUAGGUAGCGACCUAGGAAGGGAUAGCUGGAGGACAGGAGGGCCUUGUGAAUGGGAAAGGGGCUGGAAAGGAACCUACUGCUCUUAGCAGAACUUAUGAGCCCCCAACCAGCACCAGGCUCUAUGGGAGAAAUAGGCACCAGAAUUGGCCUGGGCAAGUCCUGCCCCGACCUUAGCAACCUGCUCUGGGGACUCAGAUAGUCCUAGCAGCAUCGGCUUUGGGCUUGGCCACAUCUCCAGGUGUUGGAGCAUCGUGCCAGGUGUGGCCUGGUCUGGACAGAGGGUUAGAGUGAGUGCAGGGGGUGGGGGGACAGGGGUAGGUCUGGGAUGGUGCACAAAGAUGCUGACACAAGGGCAUCUGGACUGAGGUUCCAAGUCCCUAAAAUGUGGGCUUGGGGUGGGGGGGCAUCUCAGCUGCUCCUGAGUCUGUGAGCUCUACAGAAGAGCUAGGGUUCAGCAGUUGUGUUCCAGGCCUGACUCCUGGAGACAUUCCUUCAGCAGUGGGCAGAAGUGCUGGCAGAUGCCCUGUCCCUAGCAUGGGGGCUGCACCACGUGGUCUAGCACCCCUGUGUCCAGCCUCCAGGAUUUCCUGCCUCCGCCACCAGCCUCUGCUACAAAACCUGCUAAAGCUUCUCCACUGCUCAAGGUAUUCCCACAACCGACCUGUAUGAAAAGAUGGGCAAAGCUCAUUAGUAAUCGCGGGCCUGCAAAAUGAUAUCACUGUGAGAUGCCGUAUUACACUCACCAGAUUAGCAAAAAUUAAAAGUUUGAUGACGACAAGUGUUGCAAAAAAUGUAGAGCAACAGUUACUCUCACACACUGUUGAUAGGAAUGAAGUUGGAACAACACACUGGAAAAUACUCCGGCACUGUUAAUAAAGAUGCAAAUAGCCCACAACCCAAUUCCACUCCUACACAUACACACAGCAGAGACUUGCGUGAAAACCAGGAGAUGUGUCCCAAAAUGUUCAUAGCAGCUGUGUUUGUAAUAGCAAUACCUGCUAACAAUCUAAUGUAGGUGGAAAGACAAAAGGUUUUAUUCAUACAUACAAUGGAAAACUUUAUCAGAAUGAAUUACCCUCAGCUACCCGCCUCAACAUUCUUGAGCUGUCACCUUGCAGUGGAAUGUGGGUUUUCCUAAAUACACUCCAAUUUUGAUUGCUUCUAGCAACUGAACCCCAGCGUACUCAGGGGAUGAGUGCAGUGUGACCUGAGAGGGAAUGCCUCAUAGCAAAGAAUGGCAAGACUUUGUCAGUUUACUAUCAACAGAAACCUGGGUAAUGUAAAUGGGAAUAGAUUCUAGGGCUGUUAGACUAGAGGAGAGAAUGUACUGAAUUUGUUACAUGGCAGAUGGCUAAUUCAGGGAGCUAUCUCAGCAGCGACUGGCUGAUGGAAGUCUGUAUGCGGUGUGGCCUGCAUUGAUGAGGCUGGUAUGUCAGAUCUGCCUGAAUUCACAGUGCAGGACAGUCAGAGGCUCGGGCGAUGGGAAUGCUGGAGUGGAUGCUGUGGGACCUGCCCACCCACCCUUGCCUGUGUCCUCCAGGAGAGUCUAGAGACACUUCUUUCACCCAGGCUUUGAGAAAUGCGUUGGUGAUGGGCGUGCCAGCAUCCAUGAAAGACUACAGUGGCUAUUUUCUAUAGGCUGGGAAUGAUGGUAAGAGGGGCUGUCAUGAAAAUGGUUUCCAUGCUCAGUGGGGGUGGUCAAAUAGCAGACAGUAGCAUGUAACCCUUUCAAAGACAGGGCAGUCAUGUCACUGUAACAGGCCCAGGGCAAGAGUAGUAAUAGAAUUGUUUGACCACAUGUUUUGGCCCUGGAUAAUGGUGAUGGUGACUGAAAUAAGUAGGCAGCCUACUAAAGGUUAUAUCAAUACUAGUGAAAAAAACAUUAAAUCUGGUGAAAAGACACCUGAACCUCAUGAAAGAAGAAGAGGCAAGCUUUCCCUUGGGGAAAGACCCUGAUACUCUUCCCAAAAUUUAUACUAUGUUUUAUUCUCUCCCCCAAAGGGAAUGUGGCCAUUUGAUGGGGUAACUGUACAUUAGAAGACAGGAAAUACCCACACUUUUCAAGGAUGUGAAAGUAAAAAUUAGCUCGGACUCAGAAAGAAAAAAUCUGGUAAACUGUUCAUCAGGCUAGAAUAACAGACACAGAUAAAAAAAACAGCUUCAGAGUUAAUAGGAAACAAUAUUUCUCCCAAAGAGAUGUGCAGCUACAAAAUGCAACAUUCUGCCUCUGCUUUCUUGCUCGUGGAGAAACUUUAUUCUGUAACAUCAGCAAGUGUUGGAAACGACAUCAAGAAUGAAACACCCCACUCUUGGUGGAUCUAAGUCACUGACGCAGAGGAGCAGCCUUGAUUUACAGCUGGAAUCAGAUAAUGAGUUUUGGACACCACGUUCCACAUCUAAAUUUUGUGGUUUCCAAGGAAACAGGAGCUUAGGUCCAUUUCACAGUCCAGACCUGAGGAUGACCCACGAUGACUCAGCCCUGCCUUGCCUGCCUAUCAAGACACUGCUCCACUUAGAUUUCACCUAAACUCCACCCCUCCCAAGUCCUGUAACAACUCUGUUUUCCUUUCUUUGGUGA